AUGUCUACCUAUGAACCCUCAACAGACGGCAACAAAAUCGCCUCCGAUCUCUCCUCCACUAUCAAGAACAAGACCAUCCUCAUCACAGGCGUAUCUCCCAGCGGUCUCGGCGCCGAAUUCGCGCUCACAAUCUCCAAGCAUGACCCCGCCCUAAUUAUUCUCGCAGGCAGAGACGUCGGCAAAGCAGAACAAACCGCCUCAAAGAUUGCGGAAGUCGCGCCUUCUGUCGAAACUCGUAUACUGCAACUUGAUCUAGCAUCGCAGAAGCAAAUUCGAGAAGCCGCAAAAGAGGUUGUGGGGUAUACCGAGUCUAUCGAUGUUUUGGUUAAUAAUGCGGGGAUAAUGGCCAAGAGCCCAUACUCCCAAACACCGGAGGGAAUCGAGGCCCAGUUUGGAGCGAAUCAUGUAGGACAUUUUCUGUUCACGAAUUUGAUUAUGGAGAAGUUGAUUGGCCCCGAAAAGAGUGGGAGGACGGCGAGGGUAGUUAAUGUUGCUAGUGAUGGGUACAGGUUCGGGCCGAACGGAGCGACCUAUAAUCCCUGGCGCGCAUACGGCCAAUCCAAAACCGCGAAUUUACUCUUCUCCAGGUCUCUGGCCAUAAAGCUCGCGAAGAGGGGGUUGAUAUCCGUUAGUCUGCAUCCGGGUGUGAUUUUGGAUACAAGUCUGGGAAGUCACUUGGAUGCCAAUGGAUUUCAGGGGUUGGUCCAGACGCAUGUGUUUGCUUCUUUCCAUGAUUCCAUUACUUUGGCCAGUAACAACGGCACUUAUCUAGAAGACAAUCGUGUCUUUGAGCCGGAGGAAGUGCUCAGUUGGGGAAGAGACGAUGUUGAGGCUGAGAAGUUGUGGAAGUUGAGCGAGGGGCUUGUUGGGGAAAAGUUUUCUUACUGA